UGAAAUCUCGUUCUGAACGCCUUAUUGUAUCGCGUGAUUUCAGUCUCAGGCCCACUACCGUCGCCAAUACUUAUUUUUUUUUUCGGAGAAACCACUCCACGGAUCCAUGAUGAGUUAUGCGGAAAAGCCUGAAGAUGUCACCAAGGAGGAGUGGAUGGAGAAACUGAAUAAUGUGCACAUCCAGAGAGCAGAUAUGAACCGCCUCAUCAUGAACUAUUUAGUAACUGAGGGUUUUAAGGAGGCUGCAGAGAAGUUCCGGAUGGAAUCGGGCAUUGAGCCCAGUGUGGAUCUGGACUCGCUGGAUGAGAGGAUAAAGAUCAGGGAGAUGAUUCUGAAAGGGCAGAUUCAGGAAGCCAUCUCUCUCAUUAACAGCCUUCAUCCAGAACUCUUGGACACCAACCGAUAUCUGUACUUCCAUCUUCAGCAGCAGCAUUUGAUUGAGUUGAUCCGUCUGCGGGAGACUGAGGCUGCAUUGGAGUUUGCACAGUCACAACUGGCUGAACAAGGUGAGGAGAGCAGAGAGUGUCUGACUGAGAUGGAGAGAACUCUGGCUCUGCUUGCUUUUGACAACCCUGAAGAGUCACCUUUCGGAGAUCUUCUUAACAUGAUGCAGCGACAGAAGGUUUGGAGUGAGGUGAACCAGGCAGUACUCGACUAUGAGAACAGGGAGUCAACACCAAAACUGGCCAAGCUGCUGAAGCUCUUGUUAUGGGCACAGAACGAACUUGAUCAAAAAAAAGUCAAAUACCCCAAAAUGACAGAUCUUAGUAAGGGCACAAUUGAAGACCCCAAGUAAGAACUGGCAACAAUAUGGACAUCUGUGCUAUACUGUAACAUUUCCCCCUAUUUAUAAAGUCAGUGAAUGGACCAUAUAUGUAUAUGAACUAGCAAUUUGUUUGCGUCUAAUACAAGAGAACUAACUUAACUGUAUAUUGUAUUAUAUUUUGAAAGCAGAUAUGCUAAUCAAAGUAAAUAUAUCAAAUUAAUUUAGCUGGACACCCAUUUUCAGAAUGGAAAAAUAAUUCUAUACUAUUGACCUCUUGUUAUUUGCAAAUAUCCACUUCAUUUUGUUUUUAAGUACUGGCAUUUUAUGUUCUGUCUAACUUUUUUUUUUUUUUUUAAAUUGACAUUCCUUCAGUGCUGCUUUUAUGCCCAAGUUAGAUGUGAAAUCAGCUAAUGGUUGUUAUUAGGGGUAUAACGAUCAGACGAUUUGGAGCGAUGCCUUGAAAUUGAUGCAAUGACUGAGAUGAAUCGAAGCAAUAAUUGGUUAUUGUCAUUAAAAUUGGUUAGAAAUUGAUUAAAUAAUUCAUAUUUUUAAACUGAUGUGUAAAUAAGCUAGCAAGGUGAUUUGCUCAUUAUACCAAUACUUAAGUCCUUGUGUACCUUAUCACUUGCAAAUUAAAUGUAGACUUACUCCAGGAUCUGAGCAAAGUUGGUCACAUGUUGAUCAGAGGUUACUAAAUCAAAUCGUAUUGUAGCAGAUUCAGUGGAAACAUGAAAUAUCUAACUGUAGCCUAAAUAAUCAAAGUCGUAUUGUGUGGAAGCCUGAAGUUUACACCCCUGGUUACUAUGAGAACAGUGAGCUUAAAACUCCUUUUCUAUUUGGAAAGGUUCCAGGAUCGUUCCACUUUGGAAAUCGACACUUAAUUUGUUUGAAUUUGUGCUUUUUACAAUUGGUGUGAUGUUGAUGGGGACACGGUCUUCUGGUUUUGUCCUGAUGAUGCUGUGUCUUGUGUUGGUUGGCAGUGUUAAGGUGCGUGUGUGUGUGUGUGUUUUUGUGUUGAGCGAGAAUGAUACUUGCCUUGUAUUUUCACUUGUAAUGAAAUUGAGCCUGCUUUAAUGGUGAGCAAUGGAAAAUGAACAUUUCAAGCAGGUGAAUAGGGGCUGGGGUUGUUUUCUCAUUUUUCUGUUUUUGUUUUGUAGAUUUUCACAACAUAAGCUAUUUUAAUUUUGUGUAUUUUUAAAUGCCUUGAGAAUUUGCUACAUCACCCUUUUUAUUUUAGAUUUGUACAUGCUACUGAAGUUUAUAGUUUAUUUAUAGUUGUAAUUUUUAUUUAUUCAACAUUCUUCAACCUCUCCUGUUUUUAAAUUCAGAUUUUCAGGUACAAUAAAGUAUUUCUUUGAAACAAAAA